UUUUAAUAUGCUAACAAAAUAUAAAACCCCCACCCUCAAAACCCCCAACUCAAUUCCCCCCCUCCAAUCUAUUUGCAGCCCAUACUAAAAAAAAAAAAUAAAUAAGAAAGAAAAGAAAAUAAUUGAAUCGCGUGCAUCUCUUGUGUGUGCGAAGCUAAUGAAAAAGAAAAUAAAUAAUGCAGCAAUCUAUUGAAAAUUUAAUCAAUCAAGAGAUCUAGUGCAAAAGCAAAAAGCAAAAAGCUAAAAAGAAGAAGAGAGAGAAAAAGUAUCUCGAAAAUGUGCGAGUGAGAACGAGCAUAGCAAAAGCAAAUCCAUAUAGAGCUCAGGCUCUACACACGACGGGAUAUUCAUUCAAUGGGAGGAGCGCGCCCAUUUAAAAUUAUGCGCCUCCACGACGGCAUACGAGAAAUGCUCAAUAGAUCGUGAGUUCUCGAAACAUGGUACGCGACAGCAGCCGUAACAUUUGUUUUGGAAAAUUAGCCGAAACUACGCAGCAACAACAACAACAAAUCGCCGUGGAUAGUAGCAGCAGCAACAAGAACAACAACAACAGCAGCAACAACAACAACAACAACAAUAAUAAUAAUAACAACAAUAAUAAUAAUAAUAACAAUAACAAUAGCCAGAAACUACGGGAUACAUUAAAAAGGUCUACAGAGGAACCACCGACAAACAGCUUCGAAAGGAACUACUACGAUCGCAGCCGCAUAGUCUACCAAGCCAGCAACGCAGCAGCAGCAGCAGCAGCAGCAGUAGCCACAACUGCCAGCAGCAGCAACAUCACUAACAGCACCAACAGCAACAACAACAGCAGCAGCGACAGAUCGCGCGCCCGAGAUCGUCUAUACAGGAAUGGUUCAGCAGCAGCCGCAGCAGCAGCAGCAGCAGUUGGUGCGUCAGCUACAAGCAGCAACACGACGACAACGACAGCAGCAACAGCAGCAGCUGCAGCGGGUGUGGGCGCGGUUGCGGUUGCAGGUGGAGCAACAACAACAGCAGCAGCAGCAGGCGGAGGAGGAGGAGGAGCAGCAGUUGGUGGUGGUGGUCCAUUGCCGCCACAAGCGUUGGGUGAUCGCAGCAACAACAACAACAUUAACCAAAACACACGCGUACCGCAGUCAUGGUACGAAGCUGCUGCUACUGCGACAGCGCAUCUGAAAAGUCCUGGUGGCAGUGGCAAUGCCGGCGUCUCAGCAGCUGGCAGCAUAAUGAGCUCACCGAUCAAUCAUCAUCCACAUCCACAUCAUCAUCACUACAACACAUCCGCCUCGUACUCAUCACCCGCCCACUCGCACUCGCAUGCGCAUACGCACACGAUAGCAGCGGCGGCAGCAGCAGCAGCGGCGGCGGCGGCGGCAUCCUCGACAACCGCCAUGCACCGCAGCGUUGCGUAUGCGGGCAGUGUUGCGGAUGAGGCAGCAGCGGCGGCGGCAACGGCAACGUUAAACUGUUCCCGCAAAAUUCACCUGCAACACCACAACAACAACAACAACAACAGCAGAAGCCCUGCCGGCGUCAGCAAACUAAACAAGCUGCUCAAAACGGCAACGGCGCGCUGUGGCUCUGAGUCGCCCUCAGGCGGUGCUGGUGCAGUGACUGGAGCAGCAGGAGCAGCAGCAGCAGCAGCAGCAGCAGCGACGACAAGUACAAUCACAAACAAUAGUUUUAGUAGUAAUAGUUUAAAUAUAAUAAACACGGCCACUCCAACGAUGCCAAUUGCAACAGCUGCAGCAGCAACAACAGCUUCUAGUGGCAACAGCAGCGGCAGCGGUGACAUUUUAAAUGUGGCCGCUGCACUGGCCGCCGCCGUGGACAAUGGCAAUGCGACGCAGCAGGGCGUGGUCGGCGGGGGCGGACGUGCGCCGCGUCAUCAUUUGCAUGGUCGGAGCACAACAUCGUCGAGUCGCUCGCAUUCACGUUCGCCGAGCAGCUACAGCAGCUCGCAUAGCUCAUCAUCGGCCUCAUCGCACUCAUCGUCGCAUUCGCACGCGUCCAGCCCUAUAUCGGGCAAUUGUGCCGAUGCACUCGUUGCAGUCGGUGGCAUUAACGCUACAUCGUCGCAUCGCAGCUCACGCAGUCUGCAGUCCUGUGUGGCAGCUAGCAGCAACUCUUCAAAUCCCAGUGGCAAUGUCGUCAGCGGUGGUGGCUGUGGUUCGAGUAGUAGCAGCAGCAGCAGCUCCAGUAGCAGCAGCAGCUCCUGUUUGGCGGCCAAUCCGGUGGUGCAUUCCGAAGAUAAUCGGCCGUUGGCGAUACGCGUACGCAACCUGCCCGCACGUUCCUCGGACACAUCCCUUAAGGAUGGUCUCUUUCACGAGUACAAAAAGCACGGCAAGGUCACGUGGGUGAAGGUCGUGGGACAGAAUUCGGAGCGUUAUGCGCUCGUCUGCUUUAAAAAACCGGACGAUGUGGAGAAGGCUCUCGAAGUAUCCCAUGAUAAACAUUUCUUUGGCUGUAAAAUCGAGGUGGAACCGUAUCAGGGCUACGACGUGGAGGACAAUGAAUUUCGUCCCUACGAAGCCGAACUGGACGAAUACAAUCCGAAAGCUACACGAACACUGUUCAUUGGCAACCUCGAGAAGGAUAUAACCGCCAGCGAGCUGCGCGUCCAUUUCGAAAGCUUUGGCGAGAUCAUCGAGAUUGAUAUCAAGAAGCAGGGACUGAAUGCCUAUGCCUUUUGUCAGUAUUCGGAUAUUGUGUCUGUGGUCAAGGCAAUGCGUAAAAUGGAUGGCGAACAUUUGGGCAGCAAUCGCAUCAAUCUGGGCUUUGGCAAGUCCAUGCCCACGAAUUGUGUCUGGAUUGACGGUGUCGGCGAGAAGGUCUCCGAAACCUUUCUGCAGUCACAGUUUACGCGGUUCGGCACCGUCACCAAGGUCAGCAUUGAUCGUACGCGACAAUUGGCUUUGGUGCUGUACGAUCAGGUGCAGAAUGCGCAGGCUGCUGUCAAGGAUAUGCGUGGCACCAUUAUGCGUGGACGCAAACUGCAGGUGGACUUUGCAUCGCGUGAAUGCCAGGAUGCCUUCUACGACAAGCAGGAGAAGCAGCAGCAGCAACAGCAGCAGCAGCAGCCACAACAACAACUGCAGCAGCAGCAGCCGACGCAGCUCCCCAAUGCGGGCUCCUCCUCCUCGCGCUUCAAUCGCUACGACUCUUCACAGUCACGUUCGCGCGCCUCCUCCUUCAGUCGACAUCAGAACUCGAACGAUGGCUGCUCGCCAGGCGGUAAUACGCCAGGAGGUGGUGUUGGUGGCGUCAGCGGCAGCAUCAGUAGUGCUGGCAACAGCAACAAUAGCACCGGCAGCAGCAGCAGCAACAGCAUCUCGGCGAGCAAUGCGAUGCCAGCGCCGAGCAUUGCAUCGGCAGUUGUGAGCAACACUGGAGCAACGUCCGCAGCGUUACCCUCGGCGGUGGGCCCCAGUGCGAUGCCCAUGUCGCCAGCGGCGAUGGUCCAGGCGCGUAUGCGUAUGGCGCGCAAUGCGCGGCACACCAUUGACUUUGACUUCAACGAUGUGGGUCGACGGUUUCGCAACUUUGAACCGGGCAACAAUAACAAUAGCAACAACAAUAGUAACAGCAACAACAACAGCGGCAAUAGUCAGGCGCAGGACGAGGAUGCGGGCGUUGUUAUGCGCUCUGAUUCGCCUGUAAUUGCAAGACUCGGACCAGCUGUCAAUAGCAGCGGAAGUGGGAGUGGCAGCACCAACGCUGGCAACCCCAGCGAAAUGCACGAGCUGACAUUGAACAACAGCAGCAGCGGCGGAAGCAGCAGCAACAGUCGCCGGCGUUGUGGUAAGACAAAUGUAGAUUUGCGCCAUCAUGUGCACAAUCAACGUUUUCAAUUGCCAGAACAACUCGAGGAGUGCCCGUCCAGUGGUGAUGAGGGCGUGGUCAGUCCGCGCAAGCGCAUCAAAAUGGAUUACCAUCAUCAUCAUCAUCAUUCCAAUGCCAGUGCGCAAUCGCAGCUGCUGGAGCAGAACAGCGAUUCGCCGGGGUCUGGUCACUGCAACAAGCCCAGUCCGCUGUCCAACUGUGAUGUCAUACACGAUCCGUUGAAUCGGAAGAGCGAAAUACGUCGCGUCUCGGAGGCGGGUAAAUUUUCAGCGGUCGCACCGCCACCAAUGCCAAUGCAACACCACAGCAUGAUGGUCAGCUGCCGGCGGCCAUCGAUCGAUGUGGGCGCCCUCUCGGCGCUGUCCAACUCGUCGGCAUUUCGGCACGGCCUAGUCGGUGCGAGCAGCAUGGAUCAGCAGCAUCUAAUGAAUACGUCACUGGCGGCGAAGCGACGUCGUGUGACCGCCAGCACGCUGCAGCUAUCCCAGCCGCAGCCGCUGCAACAGCAGCAAUCAGCCUCCACCUCCUGCAGCAAUCCCGCGAGCAACAGCGGUAGCGGCAACAGCGCUGGCCUGCUGACGCCUUCGCUGGCAGCGCCCACGCCCAAUGAUGACUAUCAUCAUCAUGUGUCGCGCGGACGCGGCCAUCAGCUACAUUCCCAUCAUUCGCACGAGGCCAGCGGCGGCGAGAGCGCCGAUGGCUCCAGGCCGGGCACGCCGCUGUGCGAUGAACGACCGGAGGUGUUGCCCACAGAGCCGCGUCGGCUGCCGCCGCCACGGGAACGGGCACGGGAGCGUGUGCGCGACAUUAUGUGGCUGCCGUUACCCAAAUUCGGUGUGUUGUUUUUUCAGCAGCAGCGCAGUGGCAGCGGAAACGGUGGCACAGCCAGCGGAGUAUCCAGCUAUUUGCAGCAGCUGGCGACGACAACAACGGCGUUGCUUGCCAGCAACAACAACAACAACUCUAGUCUUAGCGGAGGCGCUGCUGGGAUGUUGUCCAGCGGCUCAUCAACGUCGGCGACUGCGUCCAGUUUAGGCUUUUUGCCCAGUCCCUCCUCGCGCUAUUGGCGCUCCUCAAAUCAUCAUCAUCACCAGCACCACCAUCAUCAUCAGCAGCAACAGCAGCAGCAGCAACAACAGCAGCAGCAACAGCAGCAACAACAACAGCAGCAGCAGCUGCAACAGGUGCAACUGCAGCAAUCGUCAUUGUCAUCCUCAUCGAUUGGCCUGAUGGGCAGUCCGGCGCGUCCGCGCUCGCUGAGCUCCAACUCAAGUGAUUCGGAUGUACCGAGCGGCCAGACGGGCGGCAGCCCAACGCUGGAUGAACGACUGCGCAACUUUGAGGAGAACUACGAGCGCUGGUCUGGUGGCAGCAGCAACGCAAAUCCCGGCCAUGGCCACAGUCACGCCAGCAGCAGCAGCCAGUCAAACACACCUUCGUGGCAGCUCUCCAUGCACGCGACAAACCUGGGCGGCCUAGGCUCGUCGCAUCAGGCUGGCUCCGGCAAUAGCAACAGCUCCAGCGGCACCGUCUCCAGUUCGACAAGCAAUUCGCGUCACAAAUUUCUGGACAUCGAUGAGCUGCAGCCCUCUGAUAUUGUUAAAUCCCUGCUGGCCAAGAAGUCCGUGUUCGACGAUGACUUUCAGCGGCUCAAGAAGAAUCAAUGGUACGAGCCCGCCAGCACAGACUUUGCCACGGGCUCCACAACGUUGGCGAAUGCACGGCAUGGUGGACUCUGCAGUGGGAACACGUCACCAGCGCUGCCCAAUUUGGCAGCCACCAAGACGACGCCCAUCAUUGGCAACUGUAGCAGCCUCCUUACCGGCAGCAGCACUCUCGGCAGCAGCAGCAGCGGCAGCUGCAAGACAAGCGGCCUGUUGCAGCGGCUGAGCAGUUUGUCGCCCAUGAACUCCCCGCAGGCUUCGAUGUCGCCUUAUAAUAGCCCGUCGCCCUCGCCCUCUGUCGUGAAUGCCAAUGUGGUCAGCGGUCUUGGGCAGCUGGCCAAGCCCAGCAGUGGCGUUGGCAGCAGCAGCAGCAUCGCCGCGACAGCAACAACAACAGCAGGAGCAGCAACUGCAGCGGCUGCGGCUGCGGCUGCUGUUAUUGGUGGCACGUCUAGCGGCAGUGGUCCAACAAAGGGACUGCAAUAUCCAUUUCCCAGUCACCCGCCAUUGCCAAAUACUGCAGCACCACCACCGGCGAUACAACCGGCGCCACCUCCACCACCGGAGUUGCCCAAAGCAAAGCCAACAGCGGCGUCCACAGGCAAUCAACAGCUCAGCAAGAGCCUCAGCGUGCCAGCGGCAGCCAAUGAACCACGCUCCGUGCUUCAAAAGUCCGCCUCAGUGCCGGGCAGCACCAAUGUGGGCACCACUGGGAGCAGCAGCAGCAGCAACCCAUCCUCCAACGGUAACAGUUCCUCAACAACAACAACAACAACAGCCACACACGUACAAAAACAAACACCAAACAGCUCGAUUGAUGAAGUGGAGGGCAAAGGCAACGCCAAGAGCUCAACAACUGCCUCCUGCUCCGCGUCCAAGAAGAGCAGCAGCAGCAGCGGCGACAAGUCGCAUGGCAGCAGCAAGCACAACAAUCGCUCCGAUGCGGAUAAAAAGUCGAAGAAGUCCUCCUCCUCAUCCUCAUCCUCCUCGAACACAACCAGCUCCGAUAAGCGCAAGAACUCGGCAACAUCGCAAUCCUCGAAGUCGGCAACACCCAAAGUGGACGAUGAGUCCACCGAGUCGGAUGAACCUAUGGAGAAGCCCGACAAGGAGCAUCCGCGUCAGGAGCGCGACAAAGAGAAGGAAAAGUCGCAGCACAAAGAGCGACAGGAGCGAGAGAAACGCGAAAAGGAACUGCGCAAGCAACAGGAGCGUGAAGAAAAGGAACGCAAAGCGCAGGAGGAACGCGAGCGCGAAGAGCGCAAGGCCAAAGAAGAGAAGGAAAAGGAAAAGGAAAGAGAUCGGGAGCGUGAACGCGAACGCGAGAGAGAGCGGGAGCGCGAACGUAAGGCGCAAGAGGAGCGUGAGCAAAAGGAUCGCGAAGAGCGUGAGAAGGAACAACGCGAAAAGGAGCAGCGGGAACAGGAGGCGCGGCAGGCGCGCAUGCGCGACAUGUCCGCCUACCACAAGAACAAAUCCGAUGCCAGUUCCGAAGCGAGCAGCUUCUACGCCCACAAUCCAGCCACGCCCAACGAGUGUGAGCGACAGAACAACAAAGAGAAUGCCGUUGCCGCGGAUAUAACCACAACAACAACAGCAGCAGGAACAGCAGCUUCAGGCAGCGUUUCCACUGAGAGCAGCAGCAAGGAUCGUUCCCGCAAAUCGUCACGCAAUUCCCCUGUGCCCAGUACGGGCCGCCAGCACAAGCGACGCCUCAGUUCGCAGGACAGCAAUCAUAGCAGCGGUGGCGCUGGCGCUGGCGGUGGACAAAAUCAUGAGGAUUAUGUAAAGCGUAUACGCAUGGAGAACACCAACCCGAGCCAAUCCCAGUCCCAAUCGCAAUCGCAAAGCAAUCAUCAGCGGCUCGGCGACCGUCGCGACAGCAAGGAGCACAAGAGCAGCAGCAGCAGCGGCGGCUGCAAGGACGAAAAGCUCAGUUCCUCCAAAUCGCACGGCAGCAGCAGCAGCAGCUCGAAGCAUCAUCGACGCGAAAAGCAUCACAGCAAAAGCGCCAGCAGCAGCAGCGAGGUGGUCAACAAUACCGAACUGGAUGCCAAACAGCAGCAACAGUUGCACACGCUCAAUACCAGCGAGGAGGAGCAGCAGCAGCCGGCCCAGUCGCAGCAACAACAACCACAUCCGCAGCAGCAGCAGCAGCAGCAACGACAACCGUCGAUGCACAAGCAGCAGCGCGAGCAUCAUCACCAUGGCAGCUCGUCAUCGUCGUCGCGGCACAAGAGCAAGCGUGACCAUCAUCAUCAUCGCGAGAAGAAGCGACACUCGGUGGCCGAGUCCACCAAUACGGACGAGGAGCCCACACACAAUCCGCACAGACGCAUCUCAGCGGCGGGCAGUUCCGCGGGCGAGCUUAGCUCUAACACAGCCAACACAAAUACCUCCAGCAGCAAGUUGCAUCAUCAUCAUCAUCAGCAGCAACAGCAGCAGCAGCAGCAACAACAGCAGCAGCAGCAGCAACAGUCGUCGCACCAUCAUCAUCAUCAUCAUCGUCGUAGCGUGGAGCGGAAAUCAUCGCGCGGCUCAGACGAAGGAGGCGCUUCCUCGAAGAGUGCUUCACAGCCGCGCAAAAUGAUGCUCAGCUCGGCGGACUCGGAUGACACAGAUGAUGCAUCCAAGAAGCAUUCCAUCUUUGAUAUACCCGACGAUUGCCCCAAUGUCUCAAUGUACGACAAGGUUAAGGCGCGCAGCUGCAAAAAUAUGCAACGCCAGGCCGAGGAGAAGAAGAUCAAGGCCAAGUUCUCGCAGCUGAAACAAUCGCGAGCCAAAAAGAAGCGCUCCACCAGCUACGAUGGCGACAGCGACACCGAAUUCGAGGAUCGGCUGCAUCAUCGCCUCAGCGGCAGCAGCAGCUUCCAUGGACGCAAUCAUGGCGGCCUCAGCAGCAGUGACGAUGGCAACGACGAUGAGGAUGGGUAUCAUCGCAGCAAGCUGUCACAGAGUCGCAUAUUCUCCGAUUCGGAUGCCGAUGGCGAUGUGGAUGCGGAGGCAGCGGCAUUAAAUGCCAGCCGCAUGCGCCAGCAAAUGCAACAGAAUUUGCGUCGACUCUGCGAUGGCGACGAUAGCUCCGAGGAUGAGAUACGUCGCAAUGUGAUUGGCCACGCAGGCAAAAGGAAUUGCCAUUCGACACGCAUUGCCUCCGACUCGGAAUCGCAAUCGCAGCCAGCUCCGGAGCUGAUUGGCAGCAGCAGCGUGGGCAGCGCCAGCAUCAAGCAGGAGCCGGACAUAAAGCAGGAACAGCUCUCGGACAGCGAAAUGCAAAAGUAUCCAAAGUCACGCCACGACUCGCACUCCUCCAACGAGGAGCGUAAACUGAAGACGGAAUUCAAGAAGGAGUACACCGAGUACUUCAGCGCCUCCGGCUACACGGGCUUCGUGGGCGACAGUACCGCCAAGCUCAAGGAGUUCUCCCCGGAAGCGCGCAAGAAGCACAAGAAGAGCAAGAAGCGUCUCAAGUCCUCGGCGGACGCCGCCUCCACUGUUGUAGCCGCUGUCACCGCUGGCAGCACGGCCAGCGGCAGCAUCUUUGAUGUUGCCGAUUGUAAGCCCAAUAAAUUCGACAGCUUCGAUGAGCUUAAGACCGAACAGCAGCAGCCGCUGCCGCAGCAAGUAGUGAUCGCUCCCGCGUUGGAAGUGAAUGCCUCCGCAGUGGUGGUGGUGGCUAGCGAGCGGCGCAAGCACAAGGAGCGCAAGGAGAAGAAGCGCGAGAAGCUGCGCAACUUGAGCGAGACGAACGCCGGCGGCUCUGUCGAGCAGCUUAGCGAGAAGCUGUCCAAGGAGGAGCGUCAUCGGCUGAAGAAGUCCAAGAAAUCAAAGAGUCUGGACACAUCGGCGCGCCUGUACAAUGCAUCCAAUGCCUCCUCGCCACCGACGGCCAGCACACUGAGCACGCCGGCGCGUGAGUCUGCAAAGCGUAGUGAGGACAAAAUGGAGGAUAUCUUUGGUAUUAUCUCCGACGAGGAGGAGGAAGAGGAAGAAUCCCAACUGACCGACGAGCCGCCCGACACGGCCAAGGUGCAGCUGUCCACCACAGGACCCAUGGUAUCCGCCGCGCUGCAGACCUACAAACAGGAGACGCCUCUCCUAAGCCUCAACAGCAACAAAGAGCCGGCAACGCAGCAACUGCAGCUGCAUCAGGAGGAGCUCGAGCUGGAGCGCAGUGAACGCGAGCGGCAUCGCAAGGAGAAACGCGAGAAGAAGCGACGCGAGAAGUCCGCACGCGAGCAACAGCAGCAUCAGCAGCAACAACAGCAACAGCAGCAGCAACAAAACGCCAACAAGCUGGAUGACGACAACAGCGUGGACAUGGACGAGGCAGGACGUGCGCUGGAAGCGCAGCUUAUGGAUGAUUUUGACAGCAAUAAGUUGCCCGAAGAUGCCACUCCCUCCACAGCCACCACCUAUCGAAGCGAUAUGACGGACGUGUUCCGUUUCUCCGACAACGAGGACAACAACUCCAUCGAGCAACAGCAGCAGCAGCAUUUGCAGCUGCCGUCGCAGUCCAGCGAGAAGCAGCAGCAGCUGCUUGACUCCAAGGAAGCGGGGCACAAGAGCAAGGACAAGAAGAAAAAGAAGAAGCGAUCUAAGGAGGAGAAGCAAGAGAAGCUCGAUAAGCAACAACUGCAGCAACAGCAACAACAACAACAACAACAGUUGCAGCUGCGUCGCGAGUCAACAACAGCAACAGCUGCUGCUCAAGCAACCGGCGGCGGCGCUUCAUCGGUCAGCUCACUCACCAUCAAUGUGCAGGCAGCUUCGAAGCACGCCGAGGAGCAGCAGGAGAAGGAAUCGAAGCGCAGUUCGCCGCUCUGUAAGCCCUCGCCCAGCUUGCCCUGUCUCAUUGGCGAUGAUGAUGAUGAGGAGCCGCCCAUCUGCCCGAUGCCCGUCAUCAAACCCUCAGCUAGCAGCGGCAGCAGCAGCAACAAUCGCCUCAACACAGAUACGCUCUCGCCGGCCCGCGAGAAGCCGCGGUUGAUAAGCCCCAUUCCCAAGACGCCCACCAUAAGCCAGAGCAACAGCUCCAUGCUGUCCACGCAAUCGGCGGAAACCCCUGCGAGCAGCGGUGCGGCGCCUCUGGUUACCACGCCCACAUCCUCAACGGCUGCCGCAGCUGCUUUGGAGUCCAAAUGUGCCGCGGAGAAUAGCUCACCGACCAGCGCCGUCUUGAAUAAAAAGAAGGAGAUCUUCAUACCUGGCUUUGAUGGUCAACUGGACGACAAGAUUAGCGAGUCGGCGGUGCAAUCAAUUUCUGCAGAGUUCAACAAUGCACUGCUGGAUGCACUGGCCGAUGAGCCCAAGAUACCUGUGGCCUCCCCACCUGGCGCAAUCAAGGCACUCGAAAAGCUGGAGGAUAGCAAAUCCCGUGUGACCAUCUCGCAGGAAGAGACGGAGAGCGCUGUGUCCGCGCUGCUGGGCGAAAGCUUUGGCACAUCCUCAACGGCGGAUUACUCGCUAGACGGCAUGGACGAUAUGGCAGCCACGGUCACUGAAGUGGUUGUCGCUGAGCCCGACGAAGAGGCGGCACUCGCUGCCAAGGCCAUAGAGGCGGCUGUCGAAGAGGUCGCACCUGAGCCCGAGCCGGAUCCCGAGCCUGAACCAGUGCCCGUUGUCGUCUCCGUGGGUGUCGUGCUCGAUGCCGAAGAGGUGAACAAGGCGGUGCAGAGUCUGCGCAACGAGGACAUGGACAUCAAGGCGGACACCCCGCAAUCCGAACGCGAUCUGCAAAUCGACACAGACACCGAGGAGAACGCCGACGAGGCGGACAGCAGCGGACCCAGUCUCAAGAUCGACGAGACUGCCCCACAGCACAGCGGCUCCUCCGACAAGUCGGCUUCGAGCGCUGCCGAAAAGUCGCCCGAGCUCGCUAGCGAGUCCAACGCCAGGCCCAGACAGACGUCCGAAACGCCGCAGCCGACAGUCAUUACCAAGCUGGCAGUAACUGUGCCUGCGCCUGCGCCAGCAACAGUUGCACCUACACCAGCGCCUAAUGCCAGCAGCAGUAACUCGACCAAGUGCAAUCCACAGCAAAUGCUUAAGAUAGAGCCGCCGACCAUCAGCAAGCUGCAACAGCCGCUGGUGCAGCCGGUGCAAACGGUGCUGCCGGCACCUACAAUAACAACAACAACAACAACGGCAGCUGCUGCAAUUGCAACAGCAACAGCUCGUCCUGCCACGCCAGUCAUCAAUUUGGAUCUGUCCAAUGUCAUGGCCAACUGCUCCAGCACAGCAAGCAGCAAUAGCUCCGCAUCGCUCUCCUUUGGCAGUCCUACUACCACACCGAAAACCAUGCCGCUGGCCUCCACGCCCAAGCAGCAGACGCCAGCAACAGCCCAACAACAGCAACAACUUCAGACGUUGCCGCAGCGCACGCAGUCGCUCAUUAUGCAGCCGCCAACCAUAUCUAUACCGGAGCAAGCGCCACAUUUUGUGGUGCCUCACUUGAUAUUGUCGCCACAGCAGCAGCAACACCAACAGCAGCAGCAACAUCAACAGCAGCAGCAGCAACAACAGCAGCAGCAGCAGGCUCCAACCAGCACCUAUCUAAUGCGCGCCCCCUCGCCGCAUAGUCCGUUGUUGUCGCCGGGACGCGGCACGCCCAAUCGCCAGCUAAGUCCAGCUACAAGGCCCAUAGUGCCUACACAGCAGCAACUGCAGCAGCAGCAGCAGCAACAACAUCCGCUGUUGGCUUCGCCCACUGGCAACAUUAAUAUGAGUCCGCUGGCCAGCCCGACAGCGCGUGGAGUUGGAGUCACAACAACGUCGCCUACAACCAGCAGCAAAAUGCCUACGCCUAACAGUUAUCUGCCACGCCCAGCGCUGCCGCAGCAACAACAACAACAACAGCAGCAACAGGUCUCACCGAGCACGCCCAAGUCUGUCAUUGAGCUGCAACCGGGCGCAAAUGCAGCACAAAGUGCUCAGUUGAUGCCUUUGCCUUUGCAGAAGAUGCCCCCAUUGCCCGUAUCGCAUCAUCCGACAAUCAUUAGCAAGGUGGUUACCGUGCAGCCACAGCAGGCGAUACAAACCCAGGUGGCCAGCUCGCCGCCUAUGGGCAGUCUGCCGCCGCACAAGAAUCUGCAUGUAAACGCACAGCAGCAACAUCAGCAGCAGCACCAGCAGCAGCAGCAGCUCUCUCCGCAGAUGUUGUCCAAGAUGAACGCGCAUCAGCAACAGCAGCAGCAGCAGCAACAGGUGCACAAGUACAUGCAUCAGCAAAUGCUGGAACGCAAGCCGCAGCGACAACAACAUGUGCCACAGCAGCAUCAACAGCUGCAACAACAACAUCAACAACAGCAACAGCAACAACAACAGCAACAACAGCAGCAUAUGCAGCAGCAAAUGCAGCAUCCACCCUUGUCGCCGGGUCAUCAUCACGUACAUGCCACGCAGCAGCAACAGCAGCAUCAGGCACGGCAGCAGCAAUAUCAAGCGCAGCAGCAUCAACACCAGCUGCAACAUCAACCGCCGCCCAUGUUUGCACAGCAGCAGCAACAACACCAGCAACUGCCACGCAAUUUGCAACAGCAACAACAAGUGAGCCCAACAGGCCUCAAUCCGAGUGCACACAGCUCGCACAGUCCACAGGCACAGCAGCAACAACAACCGCAGCAGCAACAGCAGCCGCAUCCCGCUGCAAUUAUGGUGCGAGCACCAACACCACAGCAACAGCAACAAUCGCUUAAUGUUAUACAGAACGCACCGUCAGCACAGAAAAUCAUUGUGCAACAGCAAAUUGUGCCGGCACCGACCACAUCUAUACACUAUCCGCCGCCGCCCAAGGACACGACGACUGUGGUGGAGUCGCCAGUGUUGCCGCUAAAGACAUCCGAGAGCGUUUCUGUUAUACGCACGCCCACGCCCACUAUCAGCCUGGCCAGCUCACCGCAGGCGACAAAGGCAGCCGCUGCUGCCGCCGCCGCAGCCGCUUCAAUGUUAACCGAGGAGAAUGUCAUCAAGAUCUCACAGCCCAAACAGGAUGAGCUUAUCGAGCAGGACUCGAAGGAGGUGGACAGCGAUUAUUGGUCCGCCAAGGAGGUGAACAUUGACAGUGUCAUCAAGAAGCUCGAUCCGUCCACGGCAGCCGCUUCGAAGGAGGAUAACCAAAAUAAGCGAACGGCUACACAACAGCAGCCAGCAAUUGAUGUGCCCACGACAGAGGCAACGCCAGCCUUGGUCAGUGAGCCACCAUCUGCAGCAGCAGCAGCAUCAGCAUCAGUAACAGUUGCUGCCAGCGCUUUGGCCAAUGCCAGCUCUAAUGAUCACGACACCGAGGAUGAAACCGAGACGCGUCAGCUGAACAUUAAGUCCUUGAAGCAGCUCGGCCGACCGCCCAGCGCACGUGGUACAGGCGCCAAACGUGGACGUCAGCCACGCGGAGCCAAGGCCAAGCAGGUUGCCGGACUGCCGCUGAAUCCCACCGAGCCAAGCCUGUUGCUUUCACCGGGUGACAAUGGUGUGCACACACGGCUGCGCAAGCCGGCCACGGCGCCAGUGACGCGUGGCCGCAAAGGCAGACCGCCGCGUAACUUGCUGCAGCAGCAACAGCAGCUACAACAGCAACAGCUGGCACAACAACAGCUAGCACAGCAGCAGCAGCAGCAACAACAACAGCAGCAUCAGCAGAAGGAGAUUGUCACGCCCACGCCCGCAGUUGUGCCCGUGCCUGUGCCAACAGCCGCUGAAAAGAAGGCACGGAAUCAAGCGUUGACACAAGCGAGCGGCUCCAGUCAGGAUAUUUACGAGUUCCAUGACGAUGUGGGCGAUACGGAGCCAAAGGUCAAGUUAACUGCAGUUACAAACACAGCAGCAGCAGCUGCCGCAGAUGACACGAGACCGCGGCUGAUUCUAACAAUCAACAAGCUUAAGAACAGCAGCGAACUGGAGAGCCAAGCCGAGGUGCCACAUGUGCAAACGCAGCAGCAGCAGCAGCAACAACAACAACAGCAGCAAGCUCAGCAGCAACAACAGCAGCAGCAAACACAGCAGCAGCUGGAGCACAACACGGACAGCUCGGAGUCUUGCAACACACGCAAGUCGCGGCGUCUGCAAGAGAAGGAGGAUCGCAGCACCGUGGACGACAUUAUCGAAGAUGUUGUGCGCAAUACAAACACACAACAACAGCAGCAGCAGCUGCAGCAACAAUUGCAACAACAGCAACAGCAACAGCUGCCGAAGGGCGCACAAACGCCGCCGCGACGUUCCGGUCGCAAUGCGCAGGCCAAGAAAACGGAUGCGGCACAAACGCCCAAUGCCGUGGGCAGGCCGAGGCGUUCCAAGGAACGCAAGACUAUUUGUGAGCCGCCAGCUGGAGUGCAGGAGGAGACGCAGCCACUAUUGCUGCCGCCACCUGCUGCAGCAGCGGUGCCUACAGCUGCUGCUGUGGUUGAGACGCCAGCAACAAUGCAGCAGCAGCAGCAACCACAACAACAGCCACAACAACAGCCACAACAACAGCCGCCAACGACGCACAUUGUGCAUGUACCGGAGGUCAAGGAAACGCCACCGCUCCCGCCGCCGCCGACAACAACAACGCCACCAGCAGAGCCAUUGCAAGUGGCGCCUGUUGUUCUGUCCAAACCAACGCCACAGCAUCCCAAGAAGAAGGCGAUUGCCGCAGCCGAAAUCGAAUCCUAUCAGGCCAUCAACUCAUCCAUGCCGCCCAUGCAUCAGACAGCCGCACCUGCGGCCACUCAGAAGAUCACAGGUGGUGCCGCGGAUGCAGUUAGCAAGGCUUUAAUUGAUCCCGUUACGGGUGUCAUUACUGCGGGCAUGCCGCAGGGCAAGGAGGGCAAUUUGCCGGCUGCGAAUGCGGCGGCGCCCGCCAACAGCAGCAAUGAAACGGUGCCACUGCAGCAGCAGCAGCAGCAGCAGCAGCAGCAACAACAGCAGCAACAACUGCAAAUCAGCGCCACGGUCAUAGCACCUGCCACGCCCAUAACAACGCUCAGCAAACCCGUGCAGCUACAGGUGCAAGAGGCGGCGGCAACGUUGCUUAACAAGCCUGUCAGCGUGCUGGUUAAGGGCAAUGCGACGCCCGCGCAGCCGACGCUUAUCAUACAGCAGCAACAACAACAACAACAACAGCUGCAACAGGCGCCACCGCAGCAACAGCAACAACAGCAACAACAGCAACAACAACAACAACAUGUUUUGGCCAACAAACAGCCACUGGUGCUGACAACUGUGCUACAACAUGCACAGCACACAACGGUGCGUCCGCCGCAGCCGCUCAAAGCGCAUGUGCUGAAUCGCGAGAAGAACCUGCAGCAGCAGCAGCAGCAGCAGCAACAACAACAGCAACAGUUGACGCCUAACAAACAGCAUCAACAGCCGCCACAUCCGGGCCACAUGCUGCUCACUGAUGCUGCCGGCAAUCAACAGCUCCUGCAGCCAAAUAUCAUAGCGCGCCAUAUGCUGGGCCAACAGCAGCAGCCCCAACAACAGCAGCAUCUGCUGGUCAAUAUACCACCGCCAACAGCGCAUUCGCCGCACUCGCCGCGCAUCACAGCCGCACAGCACGGCCAGCAACAGCAGCAGCAACAGCCACCGAAUGCGCCACAACUGCAGCAGCAACAGCAGCAGACGCUGGUCAUCAAGCAGGCAACAGCCGCAGCGCCAACAGCGCAUCCGCAAAUACUGCAUGUGGUUAGCUCAAAGGCUUCGGUAUUGCCAACGCAGCAGCAGCAACAACAACAACAACCGCCGCAGCAACUGAGCAAACAGAACUUUGGCUAUGUACAACAAACACCACAGCAACAACAACAACAACAGCAACCCCAACAGCUGUACAAACAGGCCGUGCAGCAGAAGAGCGCACAGCCGGUGCAGUUGCCGCCGCAUAAUCUCUUGUUGCCCGCACACUCGGCGCUGUUGUUGCAGCCAAAGCCAGCGGCUCAUUUGCAGCCGCAGCAACAUCAGUUGACACCGUCGCCGCCGCCGGGCAAGCCCAAUCCUGUGGUGCACAGUCUGCAGGCGGUAGGUCAAUUGUUGCCCGGCAGCAUUGGCAGUCCGCCGCCAAUGAAACCAGGACAACAGCAGCAAGCCAAUACAGCUGCAGUUCUGCGCACCGCCAUACCGAACAUCAGUCCACAGGGACAGCCGCGCGUCUCGCCGCUGGUUCUGCCGCCAGGCAUGGCCGGCGUGCCGCCCUUCGAUGCCAGCAUGCAUGACUUGGGCGCCUAUGUCAGCGGACGGCGUACACAGAGCCCGCCGCCAGCGCAUCAGCAGGCAUCGCCCAUAACACCGAAUGAUACCGCGUAUCGGGCCGCAAUGCUCUAUCAACACCACAUGAUGCGCAGCGGUGACUAUGACGACAAGAUGAUUAGCAGCAGUCCGCCAUUGGAGCUGCGUCGUCCGGGCAGUGGACCGCCGCGCACCAUUUCCGUGCCGCAUAGCCUGCAGAGUCCACAGGAUCGCACUGCAGCGGACUCGCCGCAGAUGGCUCAGGUAUAUGUGCACAAUGCGCGCAUACCGCACGCUCACUUCAGCGAGAUGGCCACACGUGGCGGCUACUAUGAGAGUGCCGGCAUGCAGCUGGAGCCCCCGCCGGCGCACCGUGCGGCAGCUUCCAUAAGUGUUGUGGUGCCACCACCGCCGACAGUUGCCAGCGGCAGUCCGUACAUCAGCGGCGGCGCUUCAGUGUCUGUAUCUGUACAGCCGGGACCGCAUAGUUUACAUCCCAGCCAGGCCAAGCUUUUGGAGCGUGAACGUGAGAACGAACGGCUAUCCAUAGUAGCAGCAGUUGCCAAGCAACAGCAGGAGCAUUUGAGCGCGUCUGUAAUGCAUGGCGGCAUGGAGCUGACCGCACAGCAGCCGCAGCCCCAGCCGGGGCCACCACCACCCGCCGCAAUGCCACCACCGCCAGGUGACUCGCUAGUCACAUUGCUGCAACGCUAUCCGGUCAUGUGGCAGGGUCUGUUGGCACUGAAGACCGAUCAGGCGGCCGUUCAGAUGCACUUUGUGCAUGGCAAUCCAAAUGUGGCGCGCGCCUCGCUGCCCAGCAUGGUGGAGAGCGCCACACCACAACUGCGAAUUGCGCAGCGCAUGCGUCUCGAGCAGACGCAGCUGGAGGGUGUUGCAAAAAAGAUGCAGGUGGACAAGGAGCACUGCAUGCUGCUGGCGCUGCCAUGUGGACGCGAUCAUGCGGACGUGCUGCAGCAUUCGCGUAAUCUGCAGACCGGUUUCAUAACCUAUCUGCAGCAGAAGAUGGCCGCGGGCAUUGUGAAUAUACCCAUGCCGGGCAGCGAUCAGGCUGCGUAUGUGGUCCACAUAUUUCCCGCAUGCGAUUUCGCCAAUGAGAAUCUGGAGCGUGCUGCGCCCGAUCUCAAGAACCGUGUUGCCGAGCUGGCACACCUAUUGAUUGUCAUUGCUACCGUCUAAUCGAAUCGCAGUCGGUUGGCUUUAACCAGAUCUACAUUAAAAAACACACAGAUAUGAAAAUUAAAAAAACACCGACUAUGUCUCCUCUAUAAAAAAAAAGAAAAAACUGCAAGAACAACCACAACAAGAACAUCAAGAACAACUGAAACAAAUAACACAUGUAAAGUAAACAAAAAACCAAUCAAUAAUACAAAAACAACAACAACUACCAACUACAACAAAGCUAAAACAAGUUACGCUCUUCUAGUAUUUUAAGUAAUUUUAAAUAGCGUUUAAACAAAACACAAAAGUUUAAAGAAGCAAAACUAAACAAAAACAAAAAAAAAAAAACAAAAACAAAAAGUAAAGAGAAAAAAUGCAAACUUUAUUGAAAUAAAUAAUUGCAAGAGAAAGAGAGAGAGUUGAGGCCAAGCUCAUAAAACAAUCGAAAUCGAUUGAUGGCAACUAAAAGAAACCAAUGUAAAUCCGUAAAACAACCCUCUUAAACAGCCUCCCCCCGCAAAUCCUGCAACAUAAUAAACAUUGUGUAAAACGUAAACAAAGCAAAAAGCAGAAGGAAAAAAACUAAAAUUGCAAAAAUAUGUUUGUCCAAAUUUUCGUUUCUUUUCUUUUCAUAAACAUAUAAUACAUAAUAAUUUUUAACAACAUUUUUGAAAGCUUGCAAAGUAUCGUUAAGUUUGAUCUCAAGAAAGUUUUUAUUUUUUUUGCUUAUAAUUUAAAAUGAAAAUGAAAUGAAAACAAAACGAAAAGGAAAUGUGAAACAACAAAACAAAAAAAAAACAACAAAUGCUUAAAAAAGAAAACCUAACUGUUUACUGUACUACAUACUACUUACUACCAUACAUACAUACAUACAAACAUAUAUACCUACUAUCCCUAUUCGAAAAGAAAAUAUGAAACAGCAAUAACAACAACACACGUUUAAGUUUUUGAUUGGUGAACUAUUUCACAUGCUCACCCACACACAAACACACACACAUACGCACGCCCAGUUAUUGCUCGCAUUUUACAAAGUUUCGUCGCCCUUAAUUAAGUAGUUUAUUGAUUUUGCUCUAGCAUUUCGUUUCUAUUUAUAUUCUUAAUUUUUUUGUUUUCAAUUUGUUCCUCGGCUCCAUGUGGUGCGCGUGUGAACCGCCCGUGUCGCAUUGACCCGAAGAACGCCAUGAGCGCCACCUGUCGCCAACUGCUGUUAAGCACAAUUAGGUUUAAAGAUGCGCCCAGAGGCUUUUUUCCUACAAUUACAAACAUUAAAAUAGAUACACACACACACACAGACACACAAAUAUACAAGCACAUAAACAUACAUUUUAUACACACACCUACAUAUAAAUUACAAUUAUUAAAUAUCUAUUUAAUUAUUAUAAACAAAUAUGUUAAGCCAAAUAUUUUAAAGUUUAGAGACAAGUUUAUCAAUUUGUUGCUUAUAUAUUUCCCUGUAGAGGGCGCAAGCCGACGACAAAAAUGCACUCAACGCAGGCGCCGCCGCGCUGUUGGCAUUUUUGUGGUUGCCUUUGUGCCGAUUAUUCACUGUUAGCUUUUCCACCUGAUUUGCUUGAAAAUCGCAACAACAGUUACAGCAACUACAACAACUACAACAACAACAACACCAACUCCACCAUCACUGCCACAACACUGUACACGAAACUAAUUCAAGCAAAGUUGGGUGUUUCCAUUUGUUAUCAUUUCAAUGUUUAGUUCUUUUGCGCGAAACUUUGUAAAUUGCCAGGCAGUAGCAUUAGAGCGUAUUUACACAUACAAUUAUAAACACACACACAUAACAUACACAAACACAAGCAUAUAUUUUAAGCCCGAAGCUGACUAUAAAAGAACACAUAUACAGACGCCCAAUACACAAUAUACAUUAUAUAUGGAAAAGGAAGAUGAUAAAAACCCUCUGUACACUCCUUAAACUUAAACGUUUUCACGCCCACUUGUAAAUUAUGUGACGAAAAACAAAAGAGAAAGAAAAAAGCAAAACUGUAAAAUAUUUAAAUUAUUUAGCGUCUAAACGAUAAUUCAUGUACAUGUAAAUACAGUUUAAUUAGUGUUUAGCGCGUAUUUAGUUGUAUGUUUUAAAACUAAACUGUACAUUAUAUAACACGAUAAAGAUACGAUUAUGAGAGAGAUCAGAAGUAAAUCGCAAAAAAGAAAAACAUUUUGUCAGUAAACACAACAAGAACAGAUGAAACGCUAUUGUUUUAAGACAUUUUUAGUUAUUUUUAAGUUAAUUGAUGAAGAAACCGAUUAAAUUACACUUAUUUCUAAGUGAAUUAAUAAACCAAUUCAAUAAACUUUUUCUGUUAAA